UAGAAGAUAUCUAGGACCAUGUUCUGAACCGUCGUUCUUAUCAAUCAUUGUCGUGACGAAUGUGCCUGUUGCUAUAGUAGAUAGUUUGGUACCCUUUUCGGACGUUUUUUGAGUUCUAACUGAGAGGCUGUGACACUGUGUAUGUGUGUUGCUUUCUUGAGUUUUUUCCAAUGAACAAUAUUGAAUAUUUUAACUUAAAAUAAAAAUAUAUCGUUUUUAUAUUUCUGUAAUUAUUCUGUUAAUUUACUUUCUAAAGUAAAAGCUAAUAGUAUUUAGUAUCUAAUUGACAUAUUUUGAGUAUUUUACAAAAUUACAACACAAAUAAUGUCACGCGGAAGACUUAAUAAAAAGCUGAAACACAAAACUACACAAGCAAAUACAACAAAUAACAGUAUAGCAACUGCAGGAGAAGAUUUCUUAUGGAACAAUGAACGUACAAUUGCAAUCUUUCAUAGCGUGAUUAAACAGAAACCCGCUGGAUUAUUGAAGUAUCCCACUAUCCUAAAGAUUAAAUCUCGUCUCAGUGAACGUCUUAAGAUGAAUGUACCCAUUAAAGCAAUAUGGAGUUAUCUUCAUGCUCGUUGGGAUAUGAAUAAAGAUGAAAUAGAAGAAGAACAAUUCAGGAAUAUGAAAAAAAAAGAUUUUGAACUACCCCAAACUGAAGAGUGGAUACGUUUAGUUAAAGAACAGAGAGACUUAAUAGAUUCCAAUAAUACAAAUACAGAUGCUAUGAAGCAAACAAGUCAAGCUGCGAUCAGUAAUGUGGAUUCAAAACAUUAAAAUAUGUUAAGAUAAUGAUGGAAAAAUUUGACUAUAAUAGUAUGUAUGAAAUGUACUAUGUUGAUUAAUUGCUUAAAAUAAAAUAAAAUAUUAAAUUGGGAGAAAACA